AUGGCAUAUACUCGACUAUCUGAGUCGUCGUCGUUGGAAGAAGAAGAAGCAUCAAAGUAUGACAAGCAUAGGCCGUCUCCUGCGCAGCUACCACGCAACAUCACGCGGCUGGUAUCGUAUAAAAAUCUUUUUGGUACUUGUCUUGGUCUUUGGAUCAUCACGGCCGUCACGCUUGCAUGGGUGCUUGUGCACGGGUCCCGAGAGCAGCAUUCCUCGAACCAUGCUGUGGGCUCGUUUUCGUUUGCUCUAGUGCCGUCUCGGAUUGUGACGUUCGGAUCCAACUCUGAUUUUCACUUCACGGCCAAGGACGCGGGCGAGUCUGCGUGGAUGUCGUUGAUGCCCAACGACGGCGGAAUCGUCUCGAUCCCAGAUCCAGCCAAACACCAGCUUCCCGUGAGCUACAAGGACCGGAACGCGUCCAACGCAGAGGUGUAUUCCAUGUCCAUGUUCCAUCAGCUGCACUGUCUGGUGAAGAACUCGAUUAGGAUGUUGCUGGGAGAGUUCGCAGGCCUCAUCACUAACAGUAGUGCUGGUGGUGGCCAACUGGAGCCGAGGAAUAUUUUCGCGCCAGAGUCGCAUGUCGAUCACUGCUUUGACUAUCUUCGGCAGGCUAUCAUGUGUGCAGGUGACCUGUCGCUCGAGCAUUCUGUCGUGCCGGAUGAGUUUGGGUUUAACGGCUGGGGCACGGCGCAUGCGUGCGCAGACUGGGGCGCCAUGUGGGAGCUCGCCGUGGAGCAUCGCUACGAGCAGCAGCAGCAGCAGCAGAAAAAGCUAUACUGUCUUGUGGUCAACAAGCACUCCGACAGAUCACCACAAUCACCAACCUUGAGCAUCCACUCGGCCAUCUCAUUCACCGGCACCAUGAAGUUGGCUACUCUCGCUCUUCCUCUUGCUACCCUCCUCUCCGUCGCCAGUGCUGGCCCGGCGCCUGCUUCCAACCUCAUCAGUUACCCCGCUGAGCACAGCAUUGCCAUGGUCAAGCGUGCUCACCUCGAGGCUCGAUGCAACGUUGGGUGCCCUUGCAGUUGGUGCGGCAUGACCAUUUGCUGCGAGUGCGAGUGCUAG